CUUUGAGAGCAGUAGCAUAUCUGUCCUCUAUAUAGGACACUGGGGAUAUCUUUUCUUUUUUUUAAAAAAAAAGAAAAAAAAGAAAGAAACAAAGUACAGUUUUUUUUUUGUAUUUUGCAUUUCAUAUGUCAGGUCCAUCAGGACCUCAGCACUUAUAGAAAUGUACAACAACGGCUAUUCCCAAGCCAAGCUUGGCGUGAGUGCUAAGAAGCUCCACAGGGCAAAGAACAAGAGCUGUGGCUACUACAUGAAGGUUGUUUUCUUUUUCUCCUCCCUGAUCCAGACUCUGAUCAUUGUCUGCCUGGUGCUGUUUUUGAUCUACGGACAGCCUGAGAAGUCUGCCUCCGAGCUCCGGCUGCAAGAGCUCGACCUGUCUCACAACGACCUCAACGCGCGAUAUGGCUACCUUCAGGAGGAGUACAGAAAUCUCACCUGGUUAGUCAACAUGACAAAUCGGGACAUGGACUAUCUUCAAGGAAACUGGACCAAGCUACGGAAAUGGGCCAAUAAAUCCCUUGAACUUAUGGGCAAGCUUCAAGGUGACUUGAGGCAGUGUCAAAUGACUCCACCACCGGUAUGCAAUUGCCCCCGACCAACGCAACCUCAAUGUCCACACAAUGUUGGUUCUUCAAGUCGCGUUGAAUAUGAAAACACCAGGCUGAAAGAGUGGCUGGGAAUUGUGGAGAGAAAUUUUACGGACACCGGGACUGCGCUGGACUUUCAGCUGAGAAGAGCACGUAAGGACGUAGAGGAUCUGCAGAUAGAGGUAUCCGAACUGCGCUUACAGAAGUCGGCUGUUGAGAUGGAGAUCGACCAGUUCAGGAAGAAAUGCUCAGACGAUGUUGUGAAACAUCUGAGGGACAUCCCAGAGGUGACCAAGGCAUUCCGACUGAAGAUUGAUGGCUUCAUUCCAGAGAUGUUGAGCUUCCAGAUAAGCUGCCCAGGCCAACGUGAUAUGCUCGAGCAAAUUCAGUACAACUGCAGCAGCCUGUCAAGAGAGGUUGAGAACAAGUUCCGGCCCUAUUUAGAUCACGUUGGGGCCAAAGUUUCUGACUUUGCUCGCAGGUUGAGUCGAGAACAAUCAAACAAAACAUAUGUGCUCAAGGAAAUGUUUGAAUGCAAACGGAAUCUUACCUUAUUGAAGGACAAGAAUGAAAGAGAUCUUCGAGAGGUCAAGAUAGAGCAUGACAAGUAUGUUCAACAAGUUCUGAUGGAAAAAAAGAAACUGCGAUCAGAGAAGGAGCUGGCAGAAAGACAACUACGCCUUAAGAAUAUUGAUAUUGAACAUUUGAAUUCCUCCAACUCAGGGCAGAGGCAAUCAUCAUCGGGGAUGGGCAGGUCGUCCCAUGGGGGAACUGGAGGUUCUGCUGGGAUGGGAAAUACAGGAGGAGGGACAAACACAUACGGGUCUGGUAGAUCAGCAUCGGGCACAGUAGGAGCAGGAUCGCAUGCAGGGGCUGGGUCAUAUAGUAACACAGGCUCACAGGGCUUUGGAUCAAAUAACCCAGGGUUAGGGUUAGGGUUAGGAGUUGGUAGUGCAGGCAGUGCAAGGACCGGAACAGGAAGCACAGGAAUAACAUCAUCAGGUGCAUCAGGAGUUGGUAGAUAUGGUAGCUCAACUGGAAAUGUUGGAUCGGCAGGAGCAGGACAUAGCCCUAGCUCUUCUGCGUACGACAGAACAGCUGGGACAGGGCUCGGUGUGUCUGGUGGUGCGGGUGGAGGUGGCGGGUUGAAUUCACACUCAGGAUCCAGUGCAUCACAUGGCGCAGGCUCAUCUGCUGGUGCUGGAUCAACUGGAGGGAGCUAUAACUCUGGUUCGCAUACAGGAUCCGGUAGAUCACCAUUUGGAGGGGGAGGGAUAGGUUCGUCUGGGGGUGCGGGAUCAACUGGAGGGGGUUAUAACAUGGGCGGCAAUGCAGGAUCCAGUAGAACUUCAUUAGGUGUAGGAAUAGGUUCAUCCAGUAGUAUGGGAUCAAAUGGGGGAUACAACUCUGGAUCCAGUAGCUCAUAUGGUGGGGCAGGGACAGGAUCCUCUGGUGGUGUUGGAUCAACCGGAGGGGGGGUUCACACGGGUAGAACAUCAAGUGGGACAGGGGUAGGUUCUUCUGGUAGUACGGGAUCUAACACAGGGGUAGGAUAUAACACAGGUUCAAGUUCAGGAUCUAGUAGAUCACCAUUUGGAGGGGGAGGGAUAGGUUCGUCUGGUGGUGUUGGAUCAACUGGAGGGGGGUAUAACAUGGGCGGCAAUGCAGGAUCCAGUAGAACAUCAUUAGGUACAGGAAUAGGUUCAUCCGGUGGUGUUGGAUCAAAUGGAGGAUACAACUCUGGCUCACAUACAGGAUCCAGUAGCUCGUAUGGUGGAAGAGGGACAGGAUCCUCUGGUGGUAUUGGAUCAACUGGAGGGGGACUUGGUUUAGGCUCCUAUGGUGGUGGAGGAGGAGGAGGAGGAGGAGGGGCAGGACAUGGUAGCAGCAGUUUUGGUGGAGGAGGGGGAGGAGGAGGAGGAGGAUUUGGCAGCACAGGGUUUGGAGCAGGAAGCAGUCGGUCUGGCGGCACAGGACAGGGAGGCAUGAACUUUGGGUCCAGCAGAACAGGGGGCACUGGCAUGGGAAUGGGAAGCACAGGUGGGAUGGGGAGCUUCGGAUCAAGUCGGUUUGGUUCCUCUGCACGAGGUGGCAGUUACGGGUCGUAUGGACGUAACGAUCCCAUUGAAAGCCUUCGGAGAGACCUGGAAUGGAUCGAGAAGCCAGAGGGGUGGCAGCCGCAGCCGUGGCAGAUGUGAAUCCAGAGCGGCGGUGGCGGCAAAGACAGGAGAAGCUCCCCAGUCAGGAUGACUCAACUGUGAUGUAAACGCAGAGGUGUAUAAAGUAGAAGUAGAAGGACUACACUUGCAUAUGAUCUUACUUAGUUUAUACACCACUUAUUCCCCUAUACCUAAUGAGGUAGAUAACACUGUAAAAAAUACUUCUACUUUUAUUUUAUAUACCUCUGUGUAAUAAUGAAACAGGGGUAUAUUAUUGUCAGUAUUUAAUCAAAAUAUACAAUGGACUGAAUCAAAACCUGCCUUCAACCAAAUGAUGUGGUUGUAGCUAUACCCCCCAUUUUGUACAUUACGGCUUUGCCGAUUUAAAUGUCGUUGCUUUCUCCUUGAAUGAUCUGCACAAACUGUAAAUGAUGUAUAUAAUCUAAAUAAAUGUUACAGAGAAUAUGAUAAAAUAAACAGCAAGUUAUGAUGUGAAAA